AUGGACGCGCACUUUGCAGAAGCAGCCUUCGAGAACAGCACCCUGCAGGCGCAGCUGCUGCAGAAGACCGCCACCAGCAGCAGGAUCGUGAUUCGCAAAGCGGGGCUCCUGAGCCUCAAGGAGCUUCUCUACAAGUCCGAUGCCAAAACCCGUGCCCGGGUGGUGCGACGCCACAUUGAAGCUUGCCGUGCUUCCGCCUGCUGGGACCAGGUCUUCCUGCUGCAAAGUUUCUUCCUCAAGCUCGGAAUCAACAAGUAUGGCGCGUGCUUCCAGUCAGGUGCGAGGGUAAACUUGACGGAUGGAAGCAUGACGAGCGUGGGAUCUCUGUCGGCGAACAAAAUGGUAUGGGGACGUGGAAGGGUCCAGAAGUUCAAGUUGAAGGAAAGGCCGAUCAAGUUCGACACAUCAGACUCCUAUGAAGGUUUCUUCUGCAACAAGGCGACCGGCUUUAAGAAGCUGACUCUAAGCGGAGGUCGGCCCCCAUUCUAUCUGGGCAGGAACGCCGAGGUCUGGGUCCUUAAAAACAAGGAUCCCGAGGCUGCCGAUGCGCUGAUCAAGAGCGAUGACCCCAAGGAGGGCGAUGAACUCAUCACCUUCGGCGAGGCCGGCAAAGCCACGGGGGGAGUCUUCGUGUCGAAAGUGGAGGAGCCCAUUGCCGAGAUGGAGAUGUGCGGGCCCGAGGUCCAGGCGCCGGACUUCUUCGUGGAAGGGAUCUCCGUGUCAUGCGACCCUGGAAAUGGACAGGGCUGGCAGCUCCCAGCGCGUCUCCUUGCGGUCAUCGCACUCCUGGUCCUUUGCUAG